GCCAGGAAGCUCAUAAGUGUCGCCUCUAUUCCUUCCUUUCAGCAGCGGGGCCCCCGUGCUUAGGUCCUUCACAGCAAAAGAAUCGUCAAAAAAUUCAACCGAUACCGGAUUAGUAUGACAAAGCUUAGCGACGGAAAUAAGACACUUCUUAAGAGUAGGAACACAAAAAAAUAUCAUGAAGAGUGGGUGGCGUAGACUUAGACGAGCGUAAAUGAGAGGAACCAAUAUGGGUGAUACGCAUCGCCAAGAUAAACUUCAUCAGGCCCAUUGUAGUCAGAAUAGAGCCAAGGUUACCAAGAUCAGGAGUGAUGUGAUGAGUGGCAGCAGAAUCUAUCAACUAGGAGUCCUGACGAGGACCAGAAGAGGAGGAUGCCCUAGCGGUGUGAUUGGCUUAAGCAAGGCGCUCUUGAGGAAACAGUUGAUAGCACUGGCGAGCAUUGUAGCCAGGCUUUCCGCAAUACUGAAAGUAGACACGAGGACGAAGCUGCUCGCCACCAGAGUCAAGAGGACGGAGGUUCCCAUGGCAUAAGAGAUGAAGAGUAUCCGGGGGAUGGAGGCGGACCACUAGAGGAGGAACGGCCGCCACCCUGGCCGGGAGCACCACCACGACGGUAUCGAAAGGAUACCCUCCCGCGUUGAGUAGCAAAGGCGGUAGCAGGCUGAUCGCGAUGAGUGGCUUUGAUAUCAGCCUCGAGAGAGAUAAGACGAUCAAGUAAGUCUUCCAAGUUAGGAGGAACAUCACGAGCACGAAUUCCAACAGCGAACUUACGAUAAUCAUCACCAAGACCACGGAGACAAACGGUGACGAGCUCGUCAUUGAGAACAGGCGAGCCAGCAAGCGCUAUCUCAGCGGCGAUCGAGCGAAUGGACUAAACAAAGGCAACGACA